GGAAGAUACCUGUGGGAGACCGACUCCUUAUCAGUGGAUAUUGUGCUGGAGGCAUGUAUCCCAAAAUAUGCUCAUAGUACGGAUGAAAGUGACUCCACCGUGUUUGAACAACUAGACUUCUGUCGCUGACAGACAGGUGGAGAGAACGAGUCUGCAGCUGACAAGCGUACUGAGGAGAGGAGUCGAUUACUUUGAUAUAGGUCUAGUGGUUUAUGGUGGAUAUGGAAUUCCCAGGGCAUAGUCAGCAGCUUUUGGCCAGCUUGCGUUCUCAGCGUCUUCAGGGUUUCCUCUGCGACUGCGCUGUCCAGGUUGGCAAUACCCGCUUCCUGGCACACCGGGCUGUCUUGGCAUCCUGCUCACCAUUCUUUCAUAUGUUUUACUCUGAGCACCCGGUUGGAAACACCAGCAGCGUUAACGGAGGACCAAGGAGAGAUACGGUUACCAUCAAUGGGGAGAUAGUGACACCCCCAGCAUUUGGCCUGCUUUUGGACUUCAUGUAUGAGGGAGUCUUGCGAUUGUCUGCUCACCCUCCACCAGAAGAUGUGUUGGCUGCUGCCAGCUUUUUGCACAUGAAUGACGUGGUGCAGGUGUGCAAGAAACGACUCCAAGGCCGUGGGCUUGCCGAAGCAGACAGCACCAAAUCAGAGGAAGGGGGAAAUGAAUCAAGAGAAGAUGGUGGAGUGUUGGAAGGCUCCUCUAGAAAUGAAAUUAGUAGUGGAAACACAAGAAGAGGGGCAGAAGGUAAGGGGUUAGGGUCGGGAGAGAGGGCAGGGAUUGCGAACGCAGCCACCGUGACAAUGUCGGGGACAUCAUCAGCAACAGCUCAGUGUCCGCAACCAAGUCAGUUUGCAUCUGUACGGAUGGAGAAUAAAAGUGAGUCCCACGCUGCACAGACCCUCCAGAUGAAUCUGGAUGAACCUGAGAAACUGAACAGCUCUGGGUCGGUGAGUCCUGAUGUAGCAGACACUACUCAACCUGGGAUGGACUCUGUUCCAGCUGGGGGUGACUGUGGCCCUGCUCUGUCCAGUUAUAAUUCCUCUCCUGGGUUGGUCAGAGCUGGGCUAUCUGGUCAUUCUGCCAGUCAGGAAUCUGCUCUCUCCAGCCCGUGUAGCACCACGGAAAUGUACUGCAAUACGAACAACAACCCUUCAUCAUCAUCGUCAUCGUCAUCGUCAUCUCUGCUACAGCCAUCCCAGGCUCUUGUAGGCGCUGAGCCUCAGACUUGUGUUUCAGCUGUGGCUGCUCUGAGUCACACAGAUAAUAACAGCUCUGCCAGUUCUGAGCACGAUGAUCUCUCUGUGCCCUCUGAAUCCAACUCUGUCUUCGCACAGGGGUUAAGUCCACAGGCUCAGACAAGUGCACUGCAGCACGGCAAUUCUGGUGCCACAAACUCGUCAGCCUUACAGCACACCCAGAAUAGUCACGAAGAGAGCCAAGGACAGAGUUUAGACAGGGUGUGGAGUACCGACAACGAAGAGCCCAGAUCUCAUUUCCAGGGGUCUGACUCCACAACAGACAAAGGAAGAGGAUGGAAUGAGGAAGAUAAAUACGGAGUGAAGGUGAAGGUGGAGGCCAUAGUGAUUUCGGACGAAGAGCAAGACGACGUGGAAGAGACUCUGGUGAGGGUAGGAGAGCGUAAGAGAGUUCUGGAGAUAGAUGAAUAUGGUGACAGUAGCCACGAUGUUGAAGAACUGGCCGCCACUCACUUUCUAGCCUCUCAGCCUCUCCUGCACGUUUCCAGUCAUCAGGAACCUCUCUCCUUCCCUUUGUCACCUCAGGGUCCUAACGCCUCCACGGACUCUGUCAGCUUCCACGCCUCCCUUUUCCCGUCCACGUCCCGUCAGUCUGAGCAGCAGGCCAUAUACUUCGAAGAAUUCCAGGAUUCCCUGGGGAAUUACGUCGAAGAUGUCCCCACUUGUAACAUGUGCGGGAAGACGUUCUCCUGCGCGUAUACGCUUAGAAGGCACGCCACGGUACACACGAGGGAACGGCCUUACGAGUGCCGGUACUGUUACCGUAGUUACACGCAGUCCGGGGACCUCUACCGGCACAUCCGGAAGGCGCACGACCACGACCUGCCCGCCAAGCGCAACAGAACAGAAUCGGACCUUUCCCAAACGCAGCCACCACCUCAGCCCCCACAAACGUAGCUGGGGUAACAUACAGACCUGAUCCUCCUGUGACUUUUUCUUUUACUGUGAACUGGUGUCACCCUGGUUGUGUAAUACGGUAGUUUUAUUCAA